CAUUGUUGAAUUGUUCCAUGAAAUUUCACUGGCAAGUGUCAACCACUAUCUAAGGGCAAGGAAGAAAAUAGCAAACAAAAUGAGAUCCAAAAUAGAAGAGUCAUUGACCCCAGGUCUUUAAAAAAGCAGAUAACCCCCUGACUCGUUGAGAAUCAAUGUCUUUAAAAAACCAAAUAAGUUAAACCCCAACAAUACGCUCUUGUCAAAAAGAUUGUUCACUCUCUCCUCUCUACUCUCAUCUCCAAUUUCUUCUUCAUCUCUUUUUGUAUCUUUGAUAACAAUCCUCGACUACCACUGAUCUUUGCUUUUAAACAUGUCAGAUUACGAUUUCUCUCCCUCUAGAAACCCGUGCGCUUGUCAUUGCGUCAAAUUCAUAGUGAGUUUAGGGGUCCUAGCUCUGAUCCUCUGGCUAAGUCUUCGUACCAAGAAGCCCAAAUGUUCCAUCGGAGAUGUUUAUGUGCGAGGCCUCGACAAAUCAAUCAACUCCAACAACAAUGCGACGAUGCGGAACAAUAAUUUGUCGUUUCAGCUCAAUCUGAAGAAUGAAAUGAAGGACAAAGGUGUCCGUUACGACGACAUUACCCUCAAUUUCUACUAUGGUACAAACACUAGUUACCCUAUUGGUAAUCAUACAUUUGAUGGAUUUAAACAAGGCAAAGAUAAAGAAGCUUUUAAAAGUGGCAUGAUUGAGACUCAUAAUAUGCCAUGGGAUGAUGCAAUUAAGGCAAUUUUUAGAGUUGAUGUGAGUAGUAGAAUUAAGUACAAAAUUACAUUUUGGUAUACUAAGAAACAUCAUUAUUUUGUGGAGAAUAAGGUUGAAGUUGAUGAUACUGGUAAAUCUAGUGCACAACAACUUCAUUGUUGUUUUGGGGUUUUUGGACUUACAUUAUUUGUUUUAUCAUUUUUACUUUAAUAUAUUAGUUUUGGGGUUCAUGAAGGAGAAGAA